AGCAGUCCGCAGACGGAGGUGCCGGGAACGCUGAGACCGCCGGUGCAUGCGCAUUAUCAUCGUGCUUCGUCACCGCCGGCGUUUUCUCCCGGUGCGUUGAGUGCGAGUUCCACGCCGCAACCGCCGCAGCCUCGACCGGAUCGUUUGACGCAUCGACAUACGCUGGAAGUGCCCAAAUUGAAUGCUCCAAGGACCUCGGCUGAGGUGGAUGGCGCGGCCUCGACGACCGGUAGGUAUAUUCCCAACUCGCCCAAUCCUACCCGAAGAAGAGCUUCAUUACAGCUCGGUCGAAGACAGACGAGAUCUGUACAUUCAGACAUGCACACGGACGACUUUCAACAAGACGAAGAUGCGGCGAGAUGGGCCGAAGUCAUCAAGCAGAAACGGAUAGAGCGACGGGCUCGUCAAGACACCGACGAUGAACGAGUGGUCGUGGGAACCAAAGUGGAUAACACCCACGUCAACUACGAGAUGGCGUAUAACAUGCUCACUGGCAUUCGAUUCGUCGUGUCGCGCAACAACGCCAAACUCGACCGCGCCUUGACCGACAGCGACUUUGAAAUACGUAACAAGUUCGCCUUUGACAUUACCGGAAACGAACAGACGCCCAGCACGAAAUACGACUUCAAAUUCAAGGACUAUGCGCCCUGGGUGUUCCGCCAUAUCCGACAGAUCUUCAACAUUGAUCCGGCGGAAUAUCUCAUGUCCUUGACGAGCAAGUACAUCCUCUCCGAGCUGGGCUCACCCGGCAAGUCCGGAUCAUUCUUCUACUUCUCUCGGGAUUACAAGUACAUCAUCAAGACCAUCCAUCACUCCGAGCAUAAAUUUCUCCGGAAGAUUCUCAAGGACUACCACAACCACGUUGCCGAGAACCCCAACACCCUCCUGUCGCAAUUUUACGGCCUACACCGUGUGAAACUGCCGUAUAUUGGCAGGAAGGUGCACUUUGUGGUCAUGAACAACCUCUUCCCUCCGCAUCGGGACAUCCACCGCACGUUCGACUUGAAAGGCAGCACGAUAGGACGAGACUUCAAAGAGGACGACCUGGAACACAACCCGCGCGCGACGCUCAAGGAUCUGAAUUGGUUGAGGAGGAAUCUCCACCUCGAAUUCGGACCGACGAAAAAGGACGCUUUUGUCGCUCAGAUGCAGAAAGAUGUCGCUCUCCUCCAGCGAUUGAAAAUCAUGGACUACUCCCUCCUCGUGGGCAUCCACGAUCUCGAGCGCGGAAACGAGGAGAACCUGCGGGACAAGACGUUGCAGGUGUUUCAACCGGGUGGGGAGAAGCAGGACGAUAAAGCCGGACCGGGAGCAGGUGGUGCGCAACUGGCGAGGACCCCGAGUAAGAUGGAAAACGCCAAGCGGGCGAAGGAGUUGCGGGAUCUCGUCAAGAAGCAGCGUCCCGUGCCGAUGGAUCAGACGGUGAACAAGAUGCCGGACGAGGCGCACAAGAGUUCGUUUUAUUUUUAUGCGGACGAUGGAGGGUUUCGGGCGACGCAUGAGGAUGAUACGCCUGGGGAGGAGAUUUAUUAUUUGGGGAUUAUUGAUUGUUUGACGAGGUACAACUACAUCAAGAAAGCCGAACACUUCUGGAAAGGUAUGGGAGGCCAUGAGUCCCAAAUCUCAGCUAUCCCGCCUGUGCGAUAUGGCGAUCGCUUUGUCAAGUUCAUCGCCGGCGUCACCAUGUCGCGGGAACGCGCUGAGGCGCAACGCGAG